UUACAUUUGUUUAUAUAUCUAUAUAUUACAAUGGAUAGCACUACACUAAUCAUAAGUCAUACCUAGAUCACAAUGGAAUUUCGUGUCACAAAAUCUAAUGAAAGUUUGGUUGCACCAUGUGAGCCAACACCUUCAGAGACGCUUGAUCUAUCACGAAUCGAUAGAUUACCGGUUCUUAGAUGCAAUGCACGGACACUUCACGUGUUUGAGCCAAUCGGCCCUCAUGGAGCCGUAGGGUCCACCAUACGUGACGCCUUGGCAAAGGCAUUAGUCCCUUAUUAUCCUCUAGCCGGUCGGCUUUCUUCAGAUGGUUCGACCAUUGAGUGCACCAGUGAUGGUGUUUGGUUUGUGGAGGCAUCGGCUGAUUGUAGCCUUCGCUCGGUUGGUUACUUUGAGGAUGUCACUAUGAUUCCUUUUGACAGACUUCUUCCCUCCCCUCCUCCUGAAAAUCAAGGUGUCGAUCCUCUUGUUCUAAUGCAGAUAACAGAAUUCGAAGGUGACGGUUUCGUAAUGGGCUUAACAUUUUGCCAUACUAUUUGUGACGGUCUAGGAGCCGCACAAUUCCUCAAUGCAAUCGGUGAGUUUGCAAGAAAAGUCAACCCUUUGACCGUCACCCCCGUAUGGCACCGUGACUUUCUUCCGCCACCACAACUACCAACUCCCGCCACUCUGCCACCACCAAAUUUCACACUCCCUGAUUACCAUCUGGUUCAAGCCAAUAUCGACAUUCCACUCGAUGAUCGUAUCACUCGCCUCAAAGACGAGUUCAUGAAAGAGUCAUUAAAACAUUGUUCAACUUUUGAAAUCGUUGCGGCUGCGUUAUGGAGGAACCGUACUCAAGCGGUACAUGGUUUAGGUUCUGAGAGUAGAACAAUGAAGCUUGUGUUCUUUGCAAACUGUCGGCCGCUGGUGGCGCCGCCGUUACCAAAGGGUUUCUACGGCAACUGUUUUUUUCCGGUGACUAUCAGCGCGUCUAGUGAAACUCUAGCACGAGCAUCAAUAGUGGAGGUGAUUAGAAUGAUUCAGGAGGCUAAAGCUAGGCUUCCAGAAGAAUUCUCCGACUGGGUGAAAGAAGAUGGUGGUCGGAAGAAGGAAGAUCCGUUCGCACCGCCAUUGGGAUACGACACUUUGUUUUUAUCAGAAUGGGGGAGACUUGGUUUUAACCAAGUUGACUACGGAAAUGGACCACCUCUUCAUGUUGUCCCAAUGCAAGGGUCGCCGGUUAUACCGGUGGCUAUUGUUGGCAGCUUGCCACUCCCAAAGAAAGGAAUACGGCUCAUGACAUGGUGUGUGCAGGACCACCAUCUUCAACCGUUUCUUAAUUCCGUCACUUCAAUCUUCCCUCAUUGAUAGUUUGUUGUUGUGUGGUUUGUUGUACAUCUAAUAUCAUUGUUUGUCGCACCAAAUUCAAGUUUGAUUACAUCCAUGUAAUGUUAUUUUAUUUCUAAUUAAAUAAAAGAAACCAAAGGGUUUGAUUUUUUUUUU